UGGACACUCAGGGAAGUAGUAAAGCGACUCGCAGUGAGUUUGUUGAUGCAGUAGGGUGUGUCUCCUUUACAGAUCCACACGCCAACCCUGUCGAUUUUACUGCCCGCAGUCGACAGCGCUGUUUAAUAAUCGAUAGACAUUAGCACGUAGCUAACGGGUGGAUUGGUGCCAUUCCUGAGGAGGAAGUGAUACCCAUCCUGCUGUAUGAAGUGACCUGCACGGUUCCAGUCGUGGUUUAGACUCACUCUCAGGCCAUUUCGGUGUAGCAGCUACAAUGUAUCAAGCCUUAAAGAAGAUGUUUUUUACCGAAGCUCGGUGUCUGAGCGACGAGGCGAGCAAGAGCUUCGAGGCGCUUUUCGACAAGUUGGACGUGAAUAAGGAUGGGAAGGUGGACAUUGCGGAGCUGAGGGAGGGCCUGGCCGCCAUGGGCUUCUCUGUGGGCGCGGACGCGGCUCAGAAAAUCGUUUCUUCCGGGGACUCGGAUAGAGACGAGCAGCUUGACUUUGUAGAGUUUUCCAACUACCUGAAGGAACAUGAGAAAAAGCUCAAUCUGACUUUCAAGAGUCUAGACAAAAACAAGGAUGGACGCAUUGACUACACAGAGAUUCAACAGGCACUUAAAGAGCUGGGUAUGAACAUAUCAAAGGAAAAAGCAGAAAAGAUUCUUCAAAGCAUUGAUGUGGAUGGCACUAUGACAGUUGAGUGGAAUGAAUGGAGGCAGCACUUCCUCUUCAACCCAGCCACCGACCUGGAGGAGAUCAUACGCUACUGGAAACACUCUACUGUAUUGGAUAUAGGUGACAGUCUCACCAUCCCAGAUGAGUUCACAGAAGAGGAGAAGACGACUGGUCUGUGGUGGAAGCAGCUGGCUGCAGGUGCGGUGGCAGGGGCAGUGUCGCGCACAGGAACGGCUCCCCUGGACCGAAUGAAAGUGUUUAUGCAGGUUCAUGCGUCAAAAUCCAACAAAAUCAGUCUGAUCAGUGGGUUCAAGCAGAUGCUUAAAGAGGGCGGCAUCACAUCUUUGUGGCGGGGCAAUGGUGUCAACGUAGUGAAGAUUGCCCCAGAAACAGCCAUCAAGUUCAUGGCGUAUGAGCAGUAUAAGAAGCUGCUGUCCUCAGAGGGAGGAAAGAUUCAGCCUCACGAGAGGUUCAUGGCAGGCUCCCUGGCUGGAGCCACAGCACAGACAGCCAUCUACCCUAUGGAGGUGUUGAAGACAAGACUGACGCUGAGGAAAACCGGACAAUAUUCCGGGAUGUUCGACUGUGCCAAGAAGAUUCUGAAGAAAGAAGGAUUAAAGGCUUUUUAUAAAGGCUACAUUCCCAAUAUCCUGGGUAUCAUUCCCUAUGCAGGAAUAGACCUGGCUAUCUAUGAGACCCUGAAGAAUACAUGGUUGUCACACUACGCUACAGAGUCCGCUAACCCUGGGGUACUGGUUCUGCUGGGGUGCGGUACCAUCUCCAGCACAUGCGGUCAGCUGGCCAGUUACCCUCUCGCCCUGAUCCGGACACGCAUGCAGGCCCAGGCGUCUGUGGAGGGCUCGGAGCCGGUGUCCAUGACCAAACUAACAAAGAGGAUUGUGGAGAAGGAAGGCUUCUUUGGCCUGUACCGUGGCAUUUUACCCAACUUCAUGAAAGUGAUUCCUGCUGUCAGCAUCAGCUACGUGGUAUAUGAGUACAUGAAGACUGGUUUAGGCAUUUCGAAGUGAGGUGUAGGUGGGUGUAGGUGGGUGCGGGGGGUGGGGGUAUAUGUGUGAGUCAAGCAUGUGUGUGUUGGGGUAAUAUUGUUGGGAAGUUGCAUGAACCAAAGUGUAUUUCCAAAGGCACCAACAGCAGGAAGGAGUCAUAGUGUAGGCCUUUAUUUGUACUGAGUGUAACCGAGCUCAUUUCCUGAAUACCAGCGCACCAGUUUAUUAUUACCAAUAAUUCUUAGUAAUAAGAUUGAAUCCAGAGUAUCCACCGGGGCUGGGCAAUAUGAACACACACGUUGUGAAAAUAGAUGAUUUUAUACCUAAACAUGGUUUACUUUUGGGCUGGAUUCCAACUGGAGGGAUUUAUUGCAUUUGGGCCAAAAUUGCCAAAUACAGCUUUUACAUUUAAAGAAAAAUUACUUGUAAUGUAGUUUUAUGUGUUAGGAAUGCCAUAAUCUAAAAUUAUUCGAAGCCAUAUUGUCCACGUCUGCCUCUGUUUAAAGCCUGAGUCCAUUCCUUGGAUCUUUGUGCUGCAGGACUGUUGUGGAAUAGACAUUGUGCACCAGUGAAGCAGGUUUUGUACGUCCUUUCAAAAAAAAAAAAAAAUCAGUCCAACUUUUCUCAGGUUUACAGUUUUUUUUAAAAGAUUUAAUGCAUAGGGUUCUAGUUCUAGUAACAAAAGUUUACACAAACAAAAUGUCUGGAGGUCUGCCUCUGCUUGGCAUUCCUCCAGUGUUUAGUGUUUGUACUACCUUGAGAUGCAAAAAAAAGAGAAAUCUGUCCACGUUGGUAAAAAAAAAAAAAAUGCACUUAUUGAUCAUCAUUUUGCACACUAUUACAAAAAAAAGACUUAAUGUGCCUUAAAUAAACUGAUCCAAAUUCAUUUACAGACUGUUUAUUCAUUAUCAGAAAAUCCUGUUUACAUUGCAGUGAGUAUUUAAAAUAUUUCAAUAAACGUGGUGCUGUUCAUUGUCA